UGACCGACGAGCGUAAACCGGCGUCGCGUCGAAGGCGAUUGCCGGCGCCGCUUCAUUGUCAGGCACGAGGAACUAGACGUGUAUCUGGAGAAAUGCCUUCCGAGAAGGAAGCCAACGCUGGCCUGUCCAACACCUACGGGUCCUUGAGACCAGAGAGGAGACGCGUGAAUAUAAAACAGCGCGCGCCAUGGCAGCGCCUGUGACCAGUCCACCAAAAGCUCCAGAGCCAUGAGGACCACUCUAGUUUUAUCGAGCCUGCUUGCCCUCUGCCUCAUUGUUCUCGCUGAAGACAAGCCGGCUGAUGAGAAACCAGCUGAAACUACAACAGCAGCCGCAUCUACUGACGAUGAAAAAAAGGAAGGUGACGAGAAGAUUGAAGGCCGCGGGCUCUUCCUGAGCGGCGGCGGGCUCGGCGGUGGUCUCGGUGGCUGCCCGCCAUGCCCUUGUGGCUAUGGACCGGGCGUCGGCGGGGGAUUCCGUGGAGCAGGCUUCGGCUCAGGCUAUGGUGGUAGCUACGGCGCUGGCGGAGCUGGCUACGGAGGAGGUUAUAGCGGCGGCUACCGCGGUGGCUACGGCGGUGGUUCGUACGGUGGCGGCUAUGGUGGAGGCAUUCGCCCCGGUGUUGGAAUUGGAGGCGCUAGCUACGGAGGAGGUGUCGGUCCGGGAUACGGAGGAGGAGUUGGUCCCGGUGUUGGAGUUGGCCCUGGAAUUGGCAAAGGUGUCGUCGGAGGACCCGUUGGCCCUGUUGGCGGUGUUGGCGGUGUUGGAGUCGGCGUCGGUCCCGGAAUCGGUAAAGGAGUCGGCGGAGUGCCUGUUGGAGGUCCUGUCGGAGGCGCUGUUGGUGUCGGCCCUGGUCUCGGUAAGGGUGUCGUCGGAGGACCCGUCGGAGGACCCGUCGGAGGACCUGUCGGAGGAGCUAUCGGUGUCGGCCCCGGAGUCGGUGGUGGUGUUGGGCCCGGCGUUGGUGUUGUUCCAGUAGGUGGCGCAAUCGGUGGAGGCUAUGGAGGUGGCGUCGGAGGAGGCUACGGAGGUGGUGUCGGCGGAGGCUACGGAGGUGGCGUCGGCGGCGUCGCUGGGGCUGCUACUUCUAGUUCCGCUUACCAGGGUGCUGGAGGUUUUGCGGACAAGGCUGCCGGUCAGGAAGCCGGUCAAGGAAGCUUUGCCUACAACGUUGGCGGCUCCGACAAGAAAGUCUUCGGGCACAGCUCGUCGUACGGAGACUCCAAAAGCUUCGGCCUGAGUGAGAGCUCAGGUUUCAACCGCGGUGAGGGUCAAGCAAGCCACGGCAGCGCCUACGACAAGGAGGCUGCUGGGUCCGGUUCCGUGUCCCACAGUUCUGGAAAGGAGGUCGUUGUCGGCUGAAAGAUUUUCAUGUAUGGCUGUUUGUGUGCUGGUCGCCAACGCCGUUGUUCAUCUGUCCGUUACAGCUAGCAUCAUCUAUACUGUGCCAUAGUCUUCGGAGUUUCGUGCAGUAAGAAGUUACGCUUCUAAACACAAAAUAGAACGAUACCAGUCCGAAGAAUGACAAUGUACCGCAUAUUUUGUUUUGGAAUGGGAGCGCCCCAUUUGUCAAGCAUCGCGGAAGCAAGCACCAAAAAAAAAAAGGCGGAGGUAUCCGAA